AUGAAAGUAUUCUACCGAGCGAUAAUCAUAGAAAGGUUACUAACACAACCACCACCUGCCACCACCAUUACGACCUACCUCCACCACCCAUCACCACCUUCCCCACCCACCUCAAUCACCCAUCACCACCAACCACUACCAUCCACCACCACCUACCACCACCUCCACCCACCACCCACCAAAACCAGCACCCGCCACCAACACCUGCCCCCAUCACCCCCACCAAAACCACCACCCACCCGCCUCCACCACUUACCCACUACCUACCAUUAUGACAACUACAUGUCAUUACCACCCAUCACCACCACCCGCCUCCACCAUCCAUCACCACCCCCACCUGCACCACCACCCCCACCACCUAUCACCACCACUAGCCUCCACCACCCAUCACCACCCCACCCAUCACCCACCAAAACCAACAUACACCAUCGCCACCCUCACCACCCACCCACCCACCAUCACUUAUCAGCUUCACCCGUCUCCACUACUUGCCACCGCCACCUGCCACCCACUAUAAUCACCACCACAUAUGUCACCCCCACCACCCUUCAUAACCACCAACCACCUACCACCAAACAUCACUACACACCACCACUACCUAUGAUUAUUUGUAUAUAA